GUCAGCUUUGAGGAGGAGGGAAAUGACAAGUCUCUUCAGUCAGGCUUCACUCCAGAGGAGCUGCGGUCGAUGUAUGAGAGGACCAAGGGUCUAACAAAGGAAGAAAUGCACGAGUACUUGGCUUCCGAGCUACAGCGUAAGAAGAAAGCUGAGAGCUUAGCCACCAUCCUGUAUUCAGGGGCUGAAGCGGAUUCGCAGGCGCAAAGGAAAUCCAAGAAAAGGGUUUCUGACCAGGAGCUUGGUGAUGAAGGGGGUGGGAAAAAGAAGAGUGGGAAAGCCAAGAAGGUAGAUGAAGAAGAGGAAGAAGACGAAGAAGAAGAUGAGCCCAAGAGCAAGAAGGUAGAUGACGCAGAGGAAGAAGGAGACGAAGAAGAAGAUGAACCCAAGAGUAGGAAGACCAAGAAGGAGAAAGAUGCUUCUAAGGCCAAAACCAAGGCAGCGGAGAAGGGAUCAAAGAAGAAGGGUGAAGAGGAAGCGAAGGGUGAGAAGAGGAAGGCCGAGAGAGCCAAGAAGGUAGAGGCAGAGGAAGAGGAAGAGGCGCCCAAGAGCAAGACAAAGAAGGAGAAAGAUGCUUCCAAGGCCAAGAAGGAGAAGAAGGAGAAGGAGGAGGAAGUUGAGAAGACUAGGAGUAAGGGAGCCAAACAGAAGACCAACAAGGAGAAGGAAGACCAGAAGAGGAACACUGACAAAGUCUUGGAUGCCCUGGCUGCCUUGGACCCCGA